AUUGUAUUGCACGCCCUGAAGCCGAACUAACAAGUUAGCUUGACAUCAUCCCACUCCAAUUUUUUAAUUUCUGCUUAGAAACGCUCUCUUUUAGUAUCGCAUAGCACAGCACACACAACACCACAAAACAUCCCCAAGCCGUCAGAAAUGCAGCCUCCCCUCCCUAUGCGCUGCGUGCGCACCUCGUCUCUCGCUAACAUAUUCGUCCGGCUAAUAAAUUCAUCAUCUCCGUCGCCGGUAUGUAGCAACAGUUCGAUCCUGGAGCUCCUACUGCCGCCACGGACCCGAGCCUUCCAUCUGGUCGCCGCCUCCGCCUCCGCUUCUCGGGACGUUCGACAAUCGCAACCGGGCGCUCUCCGAAAUCGUGGUAGUCGAAAUAUUCGACCCAGAAGCAGCAGCGGCCGCAAUACCGUUGCUUCGCGGCGACCGUUCAGCGCCACGGCGCUCUGGCGCAAGACUCAAGUCGUGCACAACCCGCAGAAGGACGAUGACGGGAACGACAUGGUAUUAGAGAUCACGCCGCGCGCCGCCCACAGACUCUCCAAGAUCAUGGACAGCGACAAGAACCCCCACCUCGCGCUACGCAUCUCAGUCGAGUCCGGCGGCUGCCACGGGUUCCAAUACCUGAUGUCGCUAACCACCCUCCCACCAACCCUCUCCGCAACCCCUCCCUCCGAGCCCGGGCCAUCGGGUCCCUCGCACCUCCCCCCCGAAACAUCUAGCCACCCCCCGGAGCCCGCAAGCACAGACCCAAGCGCCGCCUCCGUCGCGCCCUCAACAACAACCAGCGCCUCCCCCUCAACCCCCAGCAUCGGGGAAGACGACACGAUCUUCGAGUUCGUAAAAGACAGCGCCGACCCCAGCACUCCCCCGUCUACAACACAACCGCCCUCGCCCUCGCCACCAUCAACACCGAAAAUAAUCCUCGACUCGCCGAGCCUCUCGCUACUAAAAGGCAGCAAGGUCGACUACACAAUGGAGCUAAUCGGCAGCCAAUUCAAGAUCAUCGACAACCCAGCCGCGACCAGCAGCUGCGGGUGCGGCACCAGUUUCGACAUCAAAUUCUAAACCCAUCCCACUUCCUGUAUUCUAAUACCGAUCCUGUACAUAUUUUUACUCAGAGCAUUGCAUAGAAAACACUUAGUACAUAAGUUGCCAGACACACCUGCGGCCGACUUGGGGGAAUUCGUGAGAUGCAUUUGGUUAUAAGAUAGCUGUACGUUGGGGCCUGUUGCGGCUUUGUAGCAUUAAGAUAUCAUAGUUGCAUGGAGUGGGAGUUGGAGUGGCUUCAAUACGAGCCCAUGGAAUAGAAAGAAUUCUCCGCCCAACUUGGUUCCCACAUUGAAAGUUAAUAGUGCCCAGGUAACUAACCUUAG